AUGAUGGAAAACAUCGGAAAAGAUUUAAAUAUUACCGAAAAGCAGGUUAAGAUAUGGUUCAAAAAAAAAAGAGCAAGAUGGCGUAGACGCACACACGACAACAAGAACCACGUACAGUCCUUCUUUCCAACAACGCCGAUGAUGCCACAGGCAACGUCAUUUGGAUACAUGCCAACAGGACAUAUGAUGAUGUCAUCACCUCUUAAUAAUUUUCAUGGAUACAUGAGUUAUCCCUGGAUGCAGGGAUAUGCCAGUCAUAAUUUUAUGAAUCAGCAUCUUCUGGGACAGAAAUUAGCCAAUCAUUUUCCUCUGAAUAAACAACUGGCCAAUCAAGACGCGGCAUUCAAAUCUGAUGCUUCUUAUGCUUUGAACACAGAUCCGUCUGUUUCGACGAUCCCAUCUGCUCAAUAUGGAAAGAUGCUACCGCAGCAGAAUUUAUCAUACCAAAACAGACAGCCUUUGAAAUUUCCUGGUUAUGUUUAA